CAAGAUCCUGGUGUUCCCGGUAGACGGCAGCCAUUGGGUGAACAUGAACAUCCUCGUUCAGGGGCUGCAUGGGCGGGGUCAUGACAUCAGAGUGGUGCGCUCUGGGACCAGCUGGUACAUCAAGGAGAAAUCGCCCCAUUACACUUCCGUCACCGUCACUCUACCUGAAGGCCUGACCAUGGAGAGUGAAGACUUCCUUGCCUUAUUCUUGAAGAAAAUGCUGGAGAUCCGACGUGGAAAAGGGUCUCUGCAGGCUUUCAUUGCCAAGAACAUUGAUUUUUCUGGACACUCUAAAGUUCACAGAGAGAUGUGCCAGAUGGUGAGGACCAUGUUUGAGGAUCCACAAUUAAUGAAGCAGCUCCAGGAUGCCCAGUUUGAUUUGGUCCUCACAGAUCCAGCGUUUGCUGGAGGGGUUUUGCUGGCUCGCUACCUGAAACUACCGAUGGUCUUCAAUGUCCGUUGGGUUCCAAGCUGGGAAGCUCACUUUACCUUUGCUCCUUCUCCUAUCUCCUACAUCCCGAUUAUAGGAUCAGAGUUCUCUGACCAAAUGGAUUUAAUUGAAAGGGCCCAGAACAUGGUUUAUUACUUUGUUAGACUCUAUGUAGAAAAAAUUGUGAUAAAUCCCCAUUAUGAUGCUCUGUGUGCUCGUUACUUUGGCCCAGGUGUGGACCUCUACAGUCUCCUUCACUCUGCAGACAUCUGGCUUAUGAGGGUCAACUUCGUCUUUGAAUUCCCACGCCCCACCAUGCCCAACGUUGUCUACAUAGGGGGCUUCCAAUGCAAACCUGCCAAGCCCUUGCCACUAGACCUGGAGGAGUUUAUGGAGAGCUCUGGAGAGCACAGAGUCAUUGUCAUGUCAUUGGGGACUCUAGUAAAAGGUCUUCCAAGUGAGCUAACUGAUAAGAUUGCCUACGCUUUCUCCCAGCUCCCUCAGAAAGUCAUCUGGAGGCAUUUGGGAGAAAGGCCUUCUAGCUUGGGCAACAACACCCUCCUGAUCAAAUGGUUGCCCCAAAAUGAUCUCUUGGGUCACCCGAAGACCAGAGCCUUUGAGGCACAUGGGGGUACAAAUGGGAUUUAUGAGGCCAUUUACCAUGGGGUACCAAUAGUAGGGAUACCACUGCUCUUUGACCAGUUUGACAACCUGCUCAGGCUGCAGGUGCGAGGGGCAGCCAAGGUCCUGGAAGUCACCACCCUGAGUAGUCAGGACUUCCUAGAGGCUCUACAGGAGGUGCUCGAGAAGCCAUCCUACCAGACGAACAUGAAGAGGCUCUCCAGGCUCCAGCACGACCAGCCAAUCAAACCAAUGGACAGCGCCCUCUUCUGGAUCGAGUACGUCAUUAGGAACAAAGGAGCCGCUCACCUGCGCACAGAGUCCUACAGAAUGCCCUGGUACUCCUACUACUGCGUGGAUGUUGUAGCAGUCUUGCUAUCUGCUGUGUUAUUGUUCUGUAUGACUAUCGUAGGCUUACUCAGACUGUGCUGCAGGGCUUGUAAGAAGAGAAAAAUAAAGCAUGAGUAAUUCAAUAUAUCUUUCCAGCAAUACUAAAUGAUGGCAACAUGUAAACCCAUAUGUAGGCUGAUUUUACCGUGUUGAUUGUACAGUCUGAAGAGCUGUUGGGCCAUGUUUCAUUUUUACACACACAUUCACCAACCCCUAUAGGAAACGAAGUUUGUUGCGUUAGCUACAUGAAU